AAAGAGCCCAGCCCCGAACUGCACACUACAGUCAGGGUACUUGGUUUGAUGCGAACAACAUAUUGUUUUGUACCAGCAGACACACUUUGGAGGCGUUGUACGAGUAAAUGUCCAAUUAUGACAAGCGUUAUCACAGACCAAAAUUGUGACGGACGCCAUGAUUCUUGUUUUCCUUCAGUGGGUAACAGCUGACCCAAAGUGAAUUAGAAACAAAGGAAACGUAACGUACUCGCCAUCGCUGAUUGGUAUGCUCAUACAGUAUUACAGGGAUGCCCAAGGAAAAAUAUGAUCCGCCCGACCCGAGGCGGAUGUACACGAUAAUGUCCACUGAGGAGGCAGCCAACGGGAAGAAGUCAUACUGGGCUGAGCUCGAAAUCAGUGGAACACAUCGACAACCGCCACCCUCGAAGCAGCGUUACCCAUGCAGAGCAAGGGGAAGAACAACUACUCCAAGUCUCAGAGCAGGUAAAGUGAGGAGUCUGAGCACCUCGUUAUGGACAUUGACUCACCUCACUGCUCUUCAUAUCGGCGAUAACUCCCUCUGUCGUAUCCCGCCCGAUAUUGCCAAACUUCAAAACCUGGUGUACCUGGACCUCUCAUCCAACAAGAUCAGGAGCCUGCCUGGCGAGCUUGGCAACAUGGUGUCUCUCAGGGAACUUCUUUUAAACAACAACCAGUUGAGGGUUCUACCUUUUGAGCUUGGAAAACUGUUUCAGUUACAAACACUGGGAUUAAAAGGAAACCCACUUGCACAAGAAAUAUUGAACCUCUACCAGGAACAUGAUGGCACAAGGAAACUGCUCAACUACCUUCUGGGCAAUCUGUCAGGAACUAAACUAGUCAGCUCAGAGCAGCCCCCACCCAGAUCAUGGAUUGUUCAGGCCGAGCCGGACCGGGCAAGAACAGCAGCCCUGUUCUCAGUGAUGUGCUACAACGUGCUGUGUGAUAAGUACGCCACGCGCCAGCUGUACGGCUACUGCCCCUCUUGGGCCCUCAACUGGGAGUACAGGAAGAAGUCCAUCAUGCAGGAGAUCCUGAACUGCAGCGCUGACAUCAUCAGCCUGCAGGAAGUGGAAACAGUUCAGUACUACAGCUAUUUCCUGCCAGAGCUGAAGGAGCAAGGUUACGAGAGCUUCUUUAGCCCUAAGUCCCGUGCCAGGACCAUGUCAGACUGUGACCGCAAGCAUGUGGACGGCUGCGCCAUAUUUUACAGAACCGAAAAAUUCAGCCUGGUACAGAAACACACAGUGGAAUUCAACCAGCUGGCUAUGGCCAACUCUGAGGGCUCUGAGGCCAUGCUCAACAGAGUCAUGACUAAGGACAACAUUGGUGUGGCUGCGCUUCUAGAGGUGCGCAAGGAGAUGAUGGAGCAGUCUGCGGGGAAGUCUCUGCACGGCAUGGAGAAACAGCUCCUCCUGGUGGCCAACGCCCACAUGCACUGGGACCCGGCGUACUCGGACGUGAAGUUGGUCCAGACCGUCAUGUUCCUGUCUGAGGUGAAGAACAUCGUAGACAAGGCCACACGCAGCCUCAAGCUCGCCUCCAUCUCCGGGGAGACCAACGCUGUCCCACUCGUCCUGUGUGCUGACCUCAACUCACUGCCUGACUCUGGUGUGGUGGAGUUCCUGAGCUCGGGUGGAGUGGACAGCACCCACAAAGACUUUCAGGAGCUGCGCUACAUCGACAGCUUGACGAACUUCAACUGCAACGGAAAGAACGGCGUGUCCAACGGCAGGAUCACCCACGACUUCAAGCUGAAGAGUGCCUAUAAAAACGUCCUGAUGCCUUACACCAACUAUACUUUCGACUUCAAGGGCAUCAUUGACUACAUCUUCUACUCUCAGCCUACGCUCAAUGUGUUGGGGGUUCUGGGUCCUCUGGAUCCUCACUGGCUCCAUGAGAACAAUAUCAGUGGCUGUCCCCACCCCCACAUCCCCUCCGAUCACUUCUCCCUGUUUGCACAACUGGAGCUACUCUUUCCCAACCCGUCGUCAGUCAACGGAAUCCACCUGCCAGGGCGCAGGUAGUUUUCGGAGCCACGAGGGAGCUGAUGCUCUAAUCUUGUUCUAUUUUUCCUGCAAAGUCAAUUAAGAAUAUUCUGGAUAAAUCUAUGUACAAUCAGAGGGGGAGGUGGGGUACGGCCAUCAUUCCCCCCAAGGAUUUUAACUGAAGCAACAGCUCACGGCAAGCUCAACGAUAAGUCUUUACCUCCUUUCCUGGGCACAAUUUGAUGUAGAAUUUUUUUUCACACCUUAUCACACUUUGCAGUCCUUGGUGUUAUAGUUUUUACAUCACCUACAGAUUAGUUGUUGAAUUGUAUUGUGUGGCAAAUGGUAAAAUCUAAAAGUGAGACAUUUUGAUAGGGAAGGAGUCGUGUCACCACACUCCAGCGAACAGGUACAUCUCAAGUUGCCACCGAUCAACUAGAUAAACCCACGAGGCCGAUAUACCUGUUUUUAGCCAGAGUCUGUCUCAGCCUCUACAACUCCAAAUCCAUUCCCUUGCAUUGCUGUAUCUUGCCAUAAAGGUGUGUUGAAUAGUGUAGCAGGUUUGAAGGUUCUGGAGAGAGCAGGCCAAACGUUCUGCUUUUUCCACUCGCUGAUGCGGACACCACCUCUCCAGUUGCUAAAAGCCUGUCCUCUAACUCAGCGGCUCCAUUUUAUACUGAGUGGCGCAAUCGCUCUGUGCAGCUAAGGCACAACAGCAUUUCCAAACCUCUUUGAAAUACUGCUGUAAAAUAUCUAUUACAGUGGAAUGGGGACGUAACAGUGAUGAUACAUGUACACAUUCCGGCUUGUAGCGUAUCUAGACACACAGGAUUAACACCUCACUCCUGCUCUGUUUUUAUAGCCUAAUAUGAACAGAGCAAAAUUAAGGGACCACCUUUUUAAUAUUUCAAAGCAUUUUUACCUUCUAAUCACACAUCAUGUGCCAUACAGAGCCAUCAUUUGAAUCUAGCGUCAGAUAUUCAAAUAUUACGACAACCACCUGUUAUUCACUCAGUGACCAUUAGUGGUUCUUAGUGACGGGGCUUAGGGAUUUAGAAAAGGGAAAAUGGUCAGUCUGACUUGACAGAGCCCAUCUCUGACCACAUAGCUGUGUAGCCAUAUGGAAUUGGUCAGGGGCCAAGUUGUGUUAAGUUUACGGUUUAAAGCUGGGUGGACAGCCCCCUAAAAACACGCUCCAACAGACAGAGCUGUAGCACUGUCUUAGAGGCAGGUAGCAAACGUCCAUGUUUGAAGACAUCCACGCUCUAAACACUUAUUCCUUUCCAUUACUAAUAGCUAUUUGUUUGAUACAGAAACUUGGACUCAACUUGAUUGUAUAUGAACUGCAGAAGUCAUAAUACGCUGCGUUUUGUACCUGUAAGUAUGGUCAGUUUUUGCAAAAAGGAUUUGUAUUGUACAUUUUAAGGCAACAUUUGUCUCCAUUUUAAUGGUAAAGAAAUGUAAAAGUCCAGCUUGAAUAAUUGUUUUUUUCAGGUUUCCGCUGUUGAAAUUUGCACUCGACCAGGUUCCAUUUCCCCGAUGAACCACUUGUUUUUCUUUUUUCAAAUAUAUAUUGAAUGCAUUUCACAGAGGCUGGUUUCUGGCAUUGUUGCCACAUCUCUUUUGGCAUUUGGGGUAAAACCUUAAACCUUUAGCCUCACUGAUUCUGUUCCCAAAAUGGCACUGCCAGUGCUAUCAGUGAACACCUGAACUGUCUCCUAUUUCUCUCUGAAGUGUUUAAACAUUGUUAGUCGUUGGUUUACUAGAUAUUAGACUUUAGUUUUUUUUCCCCCCCUUGUCUUAGUUAUUGUUAUUUAGAGUUCGGGAAAGUAUAUAUAUAUAUUUUUUUUGGAGAUGACACUAUAAACCACUUGUCUCUAACGCAUUUAGUUCUGUUUUCAUCAUGUCCUCUUUAUUGUUUUCAGAGGAAGCCGAUCAUGAAGAAGCCUCAGUCUUAUGUAAAAUGGUUCUAUCUGACUCAACUCAGGCCAUUCUCUUUUUAAGUUUUGUUUCAUGUUAUGUUUAUGUCUACUGCCAGACCUACAGCGUUGAUGCAUUCUACUUCAAGGCCAUGUGUGAAGUCCACUUACAUACAGUAACAAAAAUACCAAGGUAAAAAUGGGGGCAGAAUGUGCUAUUCUGAAAUAUUGCUCUGAGUCUGUUGUGACCCAGAAGGGUGGUGUGACCCAGAAGGGUGGUGUGACCCAGCAGGGUGGCGUGUUCCGGAACGGUGGCGUGUUCCGGAACGGUGGCGUGGUCCAGUCCGUUGUGACCCGGAACGGUGGCGUGGUCAAGCUCUUUUCCAAAUCACAGUGGAAAUACAGUUGAAGUCGGGAGUUUACAUACACUUAGGUUGGAGUCAUUAACUCGUUUUUUCAACCACUCCACAAAUUUCUUGUUAACAAA